CUUGACGGAAUGAAUAAUGUUUAUUUUGAGUGAUACUGUAUAAAAGCAAACUAUCGUAUAAAGGAAUGRUUACAGAGUAGAUGCUYWCUUGUUGUGAAGGCUUUAAAGAAGCAAGAUGUCGGGGGAARCUUCCCAUUCGACAACGAUUCGAGGUUCGCCAACAAAAUACGUAAAACUGAAUGUUGGUGGAUCUCUUCACUACACAACUUUGGGGACACUGACUAAACAAGAUAGCAUGCUCAGAGCUAUGUUUAGUGGCAGAAUGGAAGUACUAACAGAUACAGAAGGUUGGAUUCUUAUUGAUAGAUGUGGAAAGCAUUUUGGUACCAUCCUUAAUUUUCUGCGGGAUGGAUCAGCUCCUUUACCCCAGAGUGAGAGUGAACUUAGAGAAAUUCUGGCUGAAGCAAAGUACUAUCUAGUAGAGGAGCUAGUGUCACAAUGUGAAGCUUUAUUGGCCAAGAAAAAGGAACAACACGAUCCAAUUUGCCGUGUUCCACUUAUAACUUCAACUAAAGAGGAGAGACUACUUGUCAGUACUGCUAAUAAACCAAUUGUGAAAUUAUCUUACAACAGAUCCAAUAACAAGUAUUCCUACACAGCGCAAUCUGAUGACAAUCUUCUAAAGAAUAUAGAGCUCUUUGACAAACUUUCCCUUCGCUUCAAUGGCCGUAUUCUCUUUAUAAAGGACUUAAUUGGGAACAAUGAAAUAUGUUGUUGGAUUUAUUAUGGCAAUGGUAAGAAGACAGCAGAAGUUUGUUGCACAUCCAUUGUCUAUGCAACAGAAAAAAAGCAAACAAAGGUUGAGUUUCCAGAAGCAAGAAUUUAUGAAGAGACUCUAAAUGCACUUCUUUAUGAAAACAGAGGUACUGGUUCAAAGCUGCCUGAUGCMGAGCUGCUUCAUGCUACYCGUGGAGCAGUAGGUGCAAGAGUGAUUCAUGACACAGAGGAGGAGCCUAUGAGAAGACAUAGAGCUGGAGGAGACUAAUUUUUAGCAUGUUUUAAAAUAUUCUGACAAAAAUUUGAUCAUUAUUGACAGAGAAAUUGUUGUGGGAAUCAAGUGAGAAAAUAAGUUGGUAGUUUCAUUACAAAUAUAAUGGAUAAAACUAACAUUAUUGACAAAAAAUGUGCUGUGUUUAUGAUGAUUUAAUUUGUUAUGAACGAAUGAAGGACAUAGUUGUUGAUAUUUUGUACAAAAGUAGGUGUAAUAUUUUCAAAGUGCUAGGAUGAGAUUUUCCUUUUGUUCAAAAAGCAAGCACAGAAAUAUUUAAAGUGCUGGAAUUAUGUGAUUUGUAGUUUUUGCAAUAAAAUCAGAUGUUCUCCUUA